AUGUAAAAGAAAGAACCCUCAAGCAAACUAUAUGUCAUAUAUCAUGACCCUUGUUUGGAUGGGAUUUACUCCUUGACAGGACUUAUAUUGCCCAUUCUAGUUAAAAUCAGAAAGGAUAACUGGACUAUCCAAUAAUACUUAGAAUUACUCAGGUCAGAACUCCCUAAAAUAUCCAAAGAAAUCCAAAAACCCCAAGAGUAUAAGCAAGAAAUUAUAUAUCAAGAUGAGCCAAUUGAAAAUCAAAAUAUGGGCUUCUUCUAUCCAACUAUAUAGGACCUGUGUUAUAUGCCCAUUAGAUUGAGUGAAGAUAAUAAUGAAGUUUAGAAAAUAAUCAAAUUUUUAAAUGAUGAUUCUAAAUCCUCAAUUUUGAUUAUUGUAGACUAUUUCGGAAGAACUUGGGAUAAUUUGAUACUGCUAACCAAGAGGUUUCAAUAUGUGAUAGUUGUUGAUCACCACUAAACAUGUGUAAAUGCUAUUCCAGAUUUCAAAAGAGAGAAAUAUUAAGCCCUGAAUAAAGUGUCAGGAGUAGACAAUCUAUUCAUGCUAGUAAGCAUAGACAAGGCUGCAUGUCUCUUAGUGCAAGACUUUCAAGAAUAAAUCUUUUAAACUAAAUAUACCUCAUUGCUUCCUCCAAAUAUUGGAACCAAAUUUACAUUAUUUACCAAAUACAUUUCAGAUAAUGACUUAUUUGUGUUAUAAUAUCCUGAAACAGAACCUUUGUAAAUGGCUAUAAUGAGAAGAAGGUUGUAAUUUGAUGUUCGGUAGAAUCCAGCAAUCUUUUAUAAAUUACUAGAAUUCGACUUCGAUUUUUUAAUUAAGGAAGGAUAACAACUAGCCAUCUAAAGAAAUAAGAAAGUUGAAAAUUUAGUUAAGAAUCGUAAAACAGUAGUAUUUGGGAAGGAUGCAGUAGGCUAUGCACUCUAUUGUGAUGACUUAAGCAUUAUGAAUCCCUUAGGCAACGCCUUAGGCAUUUUGGCCAUGAGGUCAGGUGAUCAAAAUUUAGGUGCGGUUUACCAUGAUGAUAAAAGCAAUUCUACUUAGUAUAAAAUUCAUUUGAGGUCAGCUCAUCAUGACGAAAAUGGGGUUCUGCUCAAUAGAUUUAGAUGCGAUGUUUUAGCUGAAUCCUUUGGUGGAGGAGGUCAUGUUGGUGCAGCAUCUCUGUACAUGAAAAAAAAGGAAUGGAAAAAAUUAAUGUUUGAAUGA